UUACUGAAAAACAAAAACAGAUAUAAUAUUACGUUGGAUUAUCAAAAAUAAGAAUCUAUUCAAAGCAAGCUCUUAAAAACGAUAACGGGAUAGCUUGAGGUUAUGACGUAAUCACGAAGUCUUUCAAAUGCAAGAACUGUCGUUGGGUACUGAAAUUUACAGUGAAAAGGCGCGAUCACGACAGGCGGUAAAGUUGAAAGCGCUCUACGGGGAAGGUUACGAAACUGUCAGUGCGUGGAAACUGUAGAGCCGACGAUGACGUACCACUGCCAUCUCCGUUGGUGUAGUAGCAGUGGUAAUGGCAGUAGUAGCGGUGAUAGCAUCAGAAGCGUGGCUGGUUAUAUUCGUGGAAAGCGACGGGGCGGAAGGUUUAGUAGUCGAAAGACCUGUGCUGCGUCGAGUCGUUUGUCGUUUCGUUUCUUCGCAUAACAACGUUCGUCGUCCGUUUUCCCUUUCUCGACAGCAAGAUAAGUCAAUCACGUGGCCUAUCACCUGGCGAUAGACUCAGACGAAUGUUACAAUCGGACAAACAACCGUGGUAGUAAGUCAGGAGUGGAACUCCGAUAUUACAUAUAUAUACCAGAAUUUUCGAUCACACGCGACUUCUCUCUCGCCAGUGAAACACGCUUCUCAUCAUGGCAGUCGAGUCGAGAUGGAUGCCGUGUCAGCUGAAGAUCGAGCUGAACAUCUGCAGCUGCGACUACGAUGGUAUAAUCUUGGUCUCCGGGAGUGCGCCUGGUUUCGAUGAGCCGGAACCGUUCAAAACGGUUCUCUAUAGCGCUGCACAAAUCGAUUCCGCCCUUGGCAUAAUCGGUGCUGUCCUGUCGAUCAACCUGCCUGCGAAAAGACUUAUUUAUAGUCCAACUGGACCACUCAACAUGGAUUAUCAUGAUGUACGAAGUUUUGGCGAGGCCGCCACAAGGGGUAUUGUACGAGCUCUCAAAGCUGGUGUGAGAUGUCCGUUGCUAGCGCUUCUACCAGAUGUCCGUUUUGAAAACGUUGAGUUGGUGACUUUGCUCGGUGCUCUGGAAGGUCUCUAUGUGCCCCUUGAGGUGAGAGAGAUAUGUCCUGAUCGUUGCUACAAGGCUUGUCAACUAGCAGUCUGGAGUCCAAUUUGCAGCAAGAAACUCCAGGGUAUAGUGAAGCUAGCCUCAGCCUUAGAAAGUGGUAGAUACGUCGCGAGGGACAUCGGUGGAGCUGAUCCAGAGAGGAUGGCACCGCCGAGAGUGGAAGAGUACCUGGCCGAAUUGUUUUGCGGUUCGAAUGUGACAAUGCAGGUGAUAUCUGAUCAGGAUACUUUACUUCAGGAGUAUCCUCUUUUCGCCUGUGUUAAUCGAGCGGCCUCGGUAAUACCACGUCAUGCCGGCAGAAUCAUCUUCCUGACUUACGAACCACAGAAUCCUGCCUGCGUUCUAGAGACUGUAAUGCUUGUUGGCAAAGGUGUCACUUACGAUACCGGUGGUACGGACAUUAAAUGUCAAGGGGCUAUGUGCGGAAUGUCGAGAGACAAGUGCGGGGCUGCUGCCUGUGCAGGAUUUAUGCAGGUAGUGAAUCUUUUACAACCACCGACAGUGAAGGUAGUAGCUGCACUGUGCGUGCUCAGAAACAGCGUCGGUGAGAAUUCCUAUGUUGCUGACGAGGUUAUAACUGCAAAAUCUGGAGUAAGAGUACGCGUUGGUAACACGGAUGCCGAAGGUCGGAUGGCUAUGGCCGAUGCACUUUGUCAUAUCAAAGAAAUGGCACUUUGCUCGGUGAAUCCUCACAUCUUUACGAUAGCGACCUUGACCGGUCAUGCUCACUUAUCGGCUGGUACUGGAUAUUCCAUCGUCAUGGACAACGCCGUAGCCAGGCUGGUUAGCAACGCAGAAAAGCUUCAAGCUUCAGGUGAGACAAUAGGCGACCCGUUCGAAAUAUCCAGAAUACGCAGAGAGGAUUUCCGUUUCCAUGAGGGACGUUCGGAGGGAGACGACGUGUUGCAGGCAGUAAACAAAUCAAGUGUGAGAACGGAGAGAGGUCAUCAGGGACCUUCGGCCUUUCUCAUUAUGGCCUCUGGCUUAGACAAACAUGGAGCUUGUAGCUGUUCACCCUUAAAGUACACGCACAUUGACACACAUGGUCAUUUGCCGCAUCCACAUCACCUACCAUACAGUGGAAAUCCCGUAUUGGCAUUGUCCUAUUGCUACUUGAUUCAAGGAAAAUGUCUUACCGUACGAAACGAUCUACCUUUCGAGAUGCAAUACGUCUGCGAAGUCGAUUGCAAACCUGUCUGCAUACCACCAUGUCAACCUUGCACGGUUCCCUGCGAGCCUGCUCCUGUACCCUGCACAGCUUCUCCUUGCGGUGGAUGUCUUCCAGAUUCUUGCUAUCAACCAUGUCAACCCUGUCAACCUUGUCAACCCUGUCAACCCUGUCAACCUUGUCAACCUUGCCAACCAUGUCCUCCCUGUGCAGAACCAGUAACCGUCUUAGAACCAAUGUGUCAACCGAACGUUCAAAGAAAGAACACAUGUGCCUAAUGACACGUUGCUAUAUAUUUUGUUUUUUUAUAAUAAAAUAUUUCAAAAAAACCAUUUUGAGCACAUUUGUUUAUUAUAUACAUCAUCAUUUUUGUAACGUAACGUUGUAGAAAUCGGUUAUGUAAUUUAUACAAACAUUUUAUAAUAUGUUAUAAUUUGUAGACUUUUUUUACUUAAUAUUUAAUUAAAUAAAUAAAAUAUAAAUUAUACAUUUAGCAAAGUGCGUUUGGUAUUGAAAAUAUAUAACUUAUCUUCGGGAGAUAAAAUAAAUCCAAUAAAAACA